AUGUCACCAGCCAUAUCCAAACUGGCUUCUUAUUCACAAUCACCAACAGCUCCAUUUCAAAAUUCGACAUUGCAGCGAUGUGCUGCUAUCGCUCUCCAUCUAAGUGGACCUCCUACUAGUGCAUCGUCAUUCUCGACUACCACUGUAAAUCCACUUAGUGCUGCUUCUCCGGCCGUCGCAUCGCCAACUUCAAACAUACAAAAUGUGGUCAUCAUUGGUUCUGGUCCUGCUGGUCAUACGGCGGCGAUCUAUCUUGCGAGAGCGAAUCUGAAGCCAGUCAUGUAUGAGGGUUUUAUGGCCGGUGGUGUUGCUGCUGGUGGUCAAUUGACAACAACAACCGAAGUCGAAAACUUUCCAGGUUUCCCUGAAGGUCUAAGUGGACCACAAAUGAUGGACAAAUUCAGAGAACAAUCGGCGAAGUUUGGCACAGCCAUACACACCGAAACUAUAUCAAAAGUCGACCUAUCCAAGCGGCCAUUCAAGUUAUGGGUUGAGAAUAGAGAAGAUGAAGAUCCGAUAUUGGCACUUUCUGUUGUUAUUGCUACUGGUGCUACUGCCAAAAGAAUGAAUUUGCCUGGUGAAGAAAAGUAUUGGCAGGCCGGGAUAUCUGCUUGUGCUGUAUGUGAUGGAGCUGUGCCAAUCUUUAGGAAGAAGCCUCUGGUCGUGGUAGGAGGCGGCGACUCAGCAUGUGAAGAAGCCACCUUCCUAACCAAAUACGGAUCCAAAGUCUACCUACUCGUCCGCAGAGACGCACUACGAGCCAGCAAAGUAAUGGCUGAACGAGUAAAACAAAACCCCAAAAUCGAAAUACUAUGGAAUACCGUACCUAUAGAAGCUAAAGGAGAUGGUAAAUUAUUGAAAGCUCUCGUAGUCGAAGAUGUUACAUCCAAGACUAGGAGAGAUCUACCUGUGAAUGGACUGUUUUAUGCCAUUGGACAUAAACCAAACACGGAGCUCUUCAAGGGUAUGCUUGAUAUGCAUCCGGAUGGAUACUUGAAGACGUAUCCAAACCAUGGUGCGCCAUCCACGUAUACGAAUCUGCCUGGUGUGUUUGCGUGUGGGGAUGUCCAGGACAAGACUUAUCGACAAGCCGUCACUGCUGCAGGAUCGGGAUGUAUGGCUGCUCUUGACGCUGAGAGAUGGUUGUCAGCAGAAGGGAUCAACUAG